AAAAAUGUCAAUUGAAUCUCGAGAAAAACCCAACUUUCAAUCACGAAACUUUCAUUUAAUGAUACUAAUAAGUCAAAGUGUUGGUUUAUCAGCGGCAUCGAUUAUUCCAAGAAGCGCUAUAAAAUGCGGCCCAUUGGGCAGCGUGAUCUGUCAUGUGCUCACCUGCAUAAUACUGGGGAUACCUUUGCUUUACAUGGAAUUGAUCAUCGGCCAAUUCACGGCUCUCAACUCACUCGAAAUAUGGAACGUUCGACCUUUUCUCUCUCACAUGGGACACAUAGUCAUAUUUUGGCAAUUAUUAAUUUUAAUUACUAACCACAUGACUUGCACAUUCGUAAUUCACUAUUUGUUUUUGUCCUUUGAAAAUCCUAAGCUGUACUACACCUGCGGGCCGUGGGCGAACCGCAGCUGCGGCAUCACGGUUACCAACUUCACAAUCAAUCAAGAUUGCAUAAGAUCGGGCCCCAAAUAUGGCUAUUGUGAAGACCUGUAUAAGACGUUUCCGGAAACUCAGUAUUACGGUAAAAUGGUUGGAUCUGGCUUUAACCAACUCCGCGUGGACUGGCGCCUGUGCCUGCCGUCUGCGAUAUCCUGCUUAUUGAUAUACUUUAGCUGUUUCAAAAGAAGAUAUUCUAUGCAAUGGUUUUUAGGAGUUCUUACAUUUUACCCUGGAUUUAGUUUCGUAUUACUCAUGCUGGGCUCCAUGGUGCAGAAGGGUAUUCUUUUACACUAUGAAGUUGCUAUGGAUAUCAAUUUUGAACAGUUUAACUCUAAAUUUAACUUAAUUGAUGUCUUAACAAUGAUGAUCUACACCAUGUCGUUGGGAACGGGGCUGGUCGUGAACGUGGGUGCGAGCUGCUCUUUUCGCGCCCCCUGCUACUCGAAUGCGAUCAUCACCAUGGCUGCUAACAUCGCCUUUCACAUAGUUCUAGUGCUCACGAUGGCUUUGAUGAUCUGCCCUUACUCUUUUGCACAUGCCAUGACUCCGGAACGAACAGCAAACCUUCGACUAGCACAUAUAUUUGAACGAAUCCCGGCAAUGCUCCGGGAAUACGACAAUAACUCUUUUUGGACGAUCAUAACGUUUAGUUCCUACGCUUGUUUGGCAUUAAGGACCUCAAUCGUAAUUUGCUAUAACUUAUUAGAAGUUUUUAGUAAAAAAUUCUCCAAUGCUGCAAAGUAUCCCGGCAUAGUGACAUUUAGUGCUGGUGUUAUUUUAUUUCUUGUAACGAUGCCUUUUUUAGGUAACAUGUUAAAAAUAUUUCUGUCUAAAUCAUACAGGCGUUGCAUUCAGCUGGUACCUAUGCUAGUUGUUGUAAUUGAAUGUUUUGUUUUUAUUAUAUGCUACGGUUUAGAAAGAUUUUGCGAGGAUGUGCAUUUUAUGCAAGGCUUUCGCCCUAGUAAUUGGAUGAAGUUAUCAUGGAUCGUGUCAAGUAUCCUGUUAUUGUACGUAUGCUUCUAUGAACUGCGUGAUCUUAUAUGUAAUGCUAGUUCAGUGGAGUUUAUUGUAGGGAUGUCGAUAUUUGGUGUGGUGGCUUUAUACGGUGUGGGGCUGGCGGCGGUUAAUGUUUUGGUGGGGUGGUGUAGGAAGCAGCCGGGUGCGACGCUGCGGCUGAGCGCGGCGUGGCGGCCGCGUAGCGAGCUGCUGCAGCGCAGCCGCGCUAUGUUCACUGCGCAGGCUAUGACCAAGGAGUACCUCUACCGCCAGUACCAUCUUCAGGCAGGCAUCCUCGCUCGCCAGCAGAGAGCCAACCGGACACGUAUUGUUAACACUGAAAUUUGACAGCUGAAAAUAAU